AUGUCCACCAAUUAUCAGAUAUGCUUCAUUCGCAAAGUCCCAGCAGAGCUGGACGGCUCCGCUAUCGACUUUGCCAUAAAGGAACGUCCUAGCAAUGGCCCUGGCGAGGAUCGCCUCGCUCUGUCCAGGUCGCGUCUCUGGCAGACCGGUCGCGAGCUGCGCAUCCGCUUUCUCGACGGCUCGCCCUCCAUCCAAGGUCGCAUCCGCGCCUGCGCCGACGAGUGGCAGCGCUACGCUAACAUCAAGUUCAACUGGGUCGACUCGGUCGAUGCCGACAUCCGCAUCUCCGUCGGCGACGGCGGCGGAUCUUGGUCGUACCAGGGCACCGACAAUGGUGUUAUCCCCCAGAGCGACAAGACAAUGAACUUCGGCUGGCUGAAUGACGAUUCAGAAGACAGGGAGGUUAGCCGUGUUGUGCUGCACGAGUUCGGCCACGCCCUCGGCUGCCACCAUGAGCACCAAUCCCCAGCCGCGAGCAUUAAGUGGAACGAGCAGGCUGCGUUCCAGUACUACAUGAGCAAGAACGGCUGGACAGAGGAGCAGGUCCGCUCCAACGUCCUCAACCUGUUCCCCGACGAGGAGACCAACUUCUCUGCUUUCGACCCGCUGUCCAUUAUGCUGUACUCCUUCCCGGCGGAGCUGACCCUCGACGGAAGCUCGACCCAGUGGAACACGAGCCUCUCCGAGACAGACAAGGGGUUUAUGAGCAGGACCUACCCUAUCGAGGGCGGUAUGCUCGACGGCUUCAACACUACCGAGAUGCAGUCGCCGCCCAUGACGUCCCAGGAGCUCACCAAGCGAGCCAACUUCAGCUUCCCGGCGCCGCCUGUGCUAGCCGUGGGUCUAAAUCACCUCGACGUCGGCAAUGAGCACAACGUUCGCGUGCGCGCCGUCGCCGAGCAGAUCAUGAAAAACACGGCCGAGGUGCACCUGAGCCAGUGGGGCGAUACCAAGGCUUACUCCCUCGGAUGUGCCUGGGCGACCUUUGCCGCCGACGACCCGAAUAUCCAGGUCGGCGAGUUCUCUACGACCGAUGACCAUUCUUGGUGGGAGCCCAAGCCGGACACAGUUCGACAUAUUAACUUCCCGCGCGCCUGGGGAUCUGGACCGCCGCAGGUUGUUGUCUGGUACAGAAUGCUCGACCUUGACAGCGGCAAAAGCUACUGGCACACUGAAACGAGAGUGGAAAAUAUCACGGCCGAGGGUUUCGACCUUUUCAUCUCGGCGUACGGCGAUUCUGUAAUCUACAGCGGCACAGCGGUCUGGCUAGCCCACCAGCAGAACAGGGAGGGUCUGGUGAGCGGUACCUUCAGCACUACAGACGUCCGCAUCGACAGGCACCCGUCCCUAGAGACGCAGGGACACGUCGAACUGCCUGCUGGCGCGUUCCAUGACCCUCCAAAGGUAUAUGUCGCUCUGAGAGGGUUCAAGGUCAGCACCGACACCAACUUGCGCCUCAAGGUGAAUGUUAGUAAUGUCAGCGCCACAGGCUUCGAUUGGCAUAUUGAUGGAUGGGUCGACUCGCUUAUAUUUUCGGGCACGGCUGACUACGUCUGCUUUGCUUAA